AUGUUUAUACCUGUAUACCUUGUGCCUACAUCUGGCAUCUAUCUAUCUAUCUAUCUAUCUAUCUAUCUAUCUAUCUAUCUAUCUAUCUAUCUGUUUCACUCAGUUCAUAUCAAUCUAUCUAUCUGUCUCAGUCUGUUCAUAUCUAUCUAUCUAUCUAUCUAUCUAUCUAUCUAUCUAUCUAUCUAUCUAUCUAUCUGUUCCAGUCUGUUCAUUAUCUAUCUAUCUAUCUAUCUAUCUAUCUAUCUAUCUAUCUAUCUAUCUAUCUAUCUGUCUGUUUCAGUCAGUUCAUAUCAAUCUAUCUAUCUGUCCCAGUCUGUUCAUAUCUAUCUAUCUAUCUAUCUAUCUAUCUAUCUAUCUAUCUAUCUAUCUAUCAUCUAUCCAUCUGUUCCAUUAAUCUAUCUAUCUAUCUAUCUAUCUAUCUAUCUAUCUAUCUAUCUAUCUAUCUAUCUAUCUAUCUAUCUGUCUGUUUCAGUCAGUUCAUAUCAAUCUAUCUAUCUGUCCCAGUCUGUUCAUAUCUAUCUAUCUAUCUAUCUAUCUAUCUAUCUAUCUAUAUCUAUCCAUUUUAGUCUAUUUCAUUAUCUAUCUAUCUAUCUAUCUAUCUAUCUAUCUAUCUAUCUAUCUAUCUAUCUAUCUAUCUGUUCCAGUCUGUUCAUUAUCUAUCUAUCUAUCUAUCUAUCUAUCUAUCUAUCUAUCUAUCUGUCUGUUUCAGUCCAGUUCAUAUCAAUCUAUCUAUCUGUCCCAGUCUGUUCAUAUCUAUUCAUCUAUCUAUCUAUCUAUCUAUCUAUCUAUCUAUCUAUCUAUCUAUCUAUCUGUUCCAGUCUAUCUAUCAUUAUUCAUCUAUCCAUUCAUCUAUCUAUCUAUCUAUCUAUCUAUCUGUUCCAGUCUAUUUCAUUAUCUAUCUAUCUAUCUAUCUAUCUAUCUAUCUAUCUAUCUAUCUAUCUAUCUAUCUGUCUGUUUCAGUCAGUUCAUAUCAAUCUAUCUAUCUGUCCCAGUCUGUUCAUAUCUAUCUAUCUAUCUAUCUAUCUAUCUAUCUAUCUAUCUAUCUAUCUAUCUGUUCCAGUCUGUUCAUUAUCUAUCUAUCUAUCUAUCUAUCUAUCUAUCUAUCUAUCUAUCUUCCAAUGGACAUUUCCUUAUAGCUUUCUUUCUUUCUGUUUGUUUUUCUUUCUUUCUUACUUUCUUUCUUUUUUUUUCAUUCUUUCUUUCUUUCUUUCUUUUUUUCAUUCUUUCUUUCUUUCUUUCUUUCUUUCUUUUUUUCUUUCUUUCUUUCUUUCUUUUUUUCUCCUUCUAUUUAUGUGUCCUCUUUCUUUCUUUCUUUCUUUCUUUCUUUCUUUCUUUCUUUCUUUCUUUCUUAUUAAACUAGCUCCUUUCUUUCUUUCUUUCUUUCUUUCUUUCUUUCUUUCUUUCUUUCUUUCUGUUUGUUUCUCUCUUUUUUCUUUAAUACUUUUAUUUUUCUUUCUUUCUUUCUUUCUUUCUGUUUUUUUCUUUAAUACUUUUAUUUUUCAUUUUUUUUCUUUCUUUCUUUCUUUCUUUCUGUACAAUUACAGUAUCUCCUUUCUUUCUUUCUUUCUUUCUCCUUCUAUUUAUAUAUCUUCUUUCUUUAUUUCUUUUUUCUUUUCUUUUCUUUCUUUCUUUCUUUCUUUCUUUCUUUCUUUCUUUCUUUCCAUACAAUUACAGUAUCUUCUUUCUUUCUUUCUUUCCUUCUUUCUUUCUUUCUUUCUCCUUCUAUUUAUGUAUCCUCUUUCUUUAUUUCUUUUCUUUCUUUCUAACUUUCUUUCUUUCUUUCCUUCUUUCUUUCUUUCUUUCUCCUUCUAUUUAUGUAUCCUCUUUCUUUCUUUCUUUUUCUUUUCUUUCUUUCUUUCUUUCUUUCUUUCUUUCCGUACAAUUACAGUAUCUCUUUUCUUCCUCCCUUUCUUUUUUCUUUCUUUUUUCUUUCUUUCUUUCUUUCUUUUUUCUUUCUUUUCCUUCUAUUCAUGUAUCCUCCUCUUUAUUUCUUUAUUUCUUUUUUCUUUUCUUUCUUUCCUUCUUUCUUUCUUUCUUUCUUUCUUUCCGUACAAUUACAGUAUCUCUUUUCUUCCUCCCUUUCUUUCUUUCUUUCUUUCUUUCUUUCUUUCUUUCUUUCUUUCUUUCUCCUUCUAUUCAUGUAUCCUCUUUAUUUCUUUAUUUCUUUUUUCUUUUCUUUCUUUCCUUCUUUCUUUCUUUCUUUCUUUCUUUCCGUACAAUUACAGUAUCUCUUUUCUUCCUCCCUUUCUUUCUUUCUUUCUUUCUUUCUUUCUUUCUUUCUUUCUUUCUUUCUUUCUCCUUCUAUUCAUGUAUCCUCUUUCUUUCUUUAUUUAUUUUUUCUUUUCUUUCUUUCCUUCUUUCUUUCUUUCUUUCUUUCUCCUUCUAUUUAUGUAUCCUCUUUAUUUUAUUUCUUUUCUUUUCUUUCUUUUUCUUUCUUUUCUUUCUUUCUUUCUUUCUUUCUUUUCUUUUUUUUUCCUCCUUUCUUUCCUUCCAUUUUGUUUCCUCUUUCUUUCUUUUCAUUUCUUUUUUUCUUUAUUUCUUUUUUCUUUCUUUCUUUCUUUCUUUCUUUCUUUCUUUCUUUCUUUCUUUCUUUCUCCUUCUAUUUAUGUAUCCUCUUUCUUUAUUUCUUUUUCUUUUCAUUCUUUCUUUCUUUCUUUCUUUCUUUCUUUCUUUCUUUCUUUCUCCUUCUAUUCAUGUAUCCUCUUUCUUUCUUUCUCCUUCUAUUCAUGUAUCCUCUUUCUUUCUUUCUCCUUCUAUUCAUGUAUCCUCUUUCUUUCUUUAUUUCUUUUUUCUUUUCUUUCAUUCCUUCUUUCUUUCUUUCUUUCUCCUUCUAUUUAUGUAUCCUCUUUCUUUAUUUCUUUUUCUUUUCUUUCUUUCUUUCUUUCUUUCUUUCUUUCCGUACAAUUACAGUAUCUCUUUUCUUCCUCCUUUCUUUCUUUCUUUCUUUCUUUCUUUCUUUCUUUCUUUCUUUCUUUCUUUCUCCUUCUAUUCAUGUAUCCUCUUUCUUUCUUUAUUUCUUUUUUCUUUUCUUUCUUCCUUUCUUUCUUUCUUUCUCCUUCUAUUUAUGUAUCCUCUUUCUUUUUUUCUUUUUCUUUUCCUUCUUUCUUUCUUUCUUUCUCCUUCUAUUUAUGUAUCCUCUUUCUUUCUUUCUUUCUUUCUUUCUUUCUUUCUUUCUUUCUUUCCGUACAAUUAAAGUAUCUCGUUUCUUUCUUUCUUUCUUUCUUUCUUUCUUUCUUUCUUUCUUUCUUUCUUUCUUUCUUUCUUUAUUUCUCCUUCUAUUUAUGUAUCCUCUUUCUUUCUUUAUUUCUCCUUCUAUUUAUGUAUCCUCUUUCUUUCUUUAUUUCUCCUUCUAUUUAUGUAUCCUCUUUCUUUCUUUAUUUCUCCUUCUAUUUAUUUAUCCUCUUUCUUUCUUACUUUUUCUUUUCUUUCUUUCUUUCUUUCUUAUUAAGCGUUUGUUUUAACUUGUUUUCUUCAAUUUUUUAUUUGCUGUUUUUUUCUUGUUUCUUUCGUUCUAUUUUUCUUUUUUUUCUUUUGUUUUUUUCUCUCUUUUUUCUUUAUUACUUUUAUUUUUCAUUUUCUUUCUUUCUUUCUUCCUUUCUUUCCUUCUUUCUUUCUUUCUUUCUUUCUUUCUUUCUUUCUUCUGUUUGUUUCUAUCUUUCUUGCCUUUUUUUUUACCGUCGUUUCUUUUUUUUUUCUUUCUUCUGUUUGUUUUUUUUAUCUUUUCAUUGCCUCUCUUUCUCUUUUUUUUCCUUCUCAAACGCCCUUUUCCCUUUCUUUCCUAUCAAAUCAAACACAAACAUUCUCUUCUCACCAAAAUCCGAUCGAUUUCUGCAAAAUGUCUUCUAUUUUUUCGCGCCAUUUUUUUCCUUCCGUCUUUCUCUAUUUAUUUGCAUCUGUCUUAUCUUUUCGUUCUUGACUGUCUUAGCCGCUAAAUAUUCUGUCCUGAAGCGCCCCAAUAAAUCGUCCCCUCCCUUUUGUUUGUAUAUUUUUUGUUUGUUUCUUUCUUUGUCGGCAUUCCUUCCUUCUUUCCUUCCUUCAUUCCUUCCUUCCUUCUUUCCUUCCUUCCUUCCUUCCUUCCUUCCUUCCUUCCUUCCUUCUCUGAUUUUCAUUCUGUUCAUUUAUUUUAUUGCAUUUGAUCUUUUUUCUUCUUUUGGUUAUUUAUGUUUACUUCGUUUAAAUUUCUUUUUUUCUCUUUUCUUUCUUUCUUUCUUUCUUAAAUCUACCCCCUCGUUCUUUCUUUCUUUCUUUCUUUCUUUCUUUCUUUCUUUUUUUCUUUCUUUCUUUUGCCAUGAUUGUUUCCCCGUCUUUUCUUUAUUUUCUUUCUUUCUUUCUUUCUUUCUUUCUUUCUUUCUUUCUUUCUUAAAUCUACUCCCUCGUUCUUUCUUUCUUUCUUUCUUUCUUUCUUUCUUUCUUUCUUUUCCCAUCAUUGUUUCACCGUCUUCUCUUUCUUUCUUUCUUUCUUUCUUUCUUUCUUAA